CGGCUUCAGUUUCGUCACUGGGCUGUUGCCCGGGCUUCUAGUUCCCAUCUACCGCCUUCUUCUGGUCAGGUGACGCGGGAGGCGGAGUCAUGUGACUAACAUAAUGGCCAGUAUCUAACAUGCUCCGCUAUUCCCGGCUUUAGCCUGAGGAGAGAUGGUGCCUUGCAAGCUUUGGACUAGCCACCGAGGGGCGGAGGGGCGGUUACUUCUUCUGCUGCUGCUUCUUCUGUUGCCGCCGCCUUUAAGCAGCGCGUGGGCGUCCAGCUUCAGACGUGACAAACACGUGCGGCGCCAGGACCCCAGCGUCUCUUACUAUGUCCUGGAUGAUGAUCACGGGCUCGGUCGGGUGUUUGACGGCAUCGGCGGGCUGAGCGGCGGCGGGGCAACGUCCAGACUUCUAGUCAAUUACCCUGAGCCAUACCGUUCUGAAAUAUUGGAUUAUUUAUUUAAGCCAAACUUUGGUGCCUCUUUACAUAUUCUGAAAGUGGAAAUAGGUGGCGAUGGACAAACAACAGAUGGCACUGAGCCCUCUCAUAUGCACUAUCCAAACGAUGAGAACUAUUUCCGGGGCUACGAAUGGUGGCUAAUGAAGGAAGCUAAGAAGAGGAAUCCUAAUAUUAAACUUAUUGGGUUGCCAUGGUCAUUUCCUGGUUGGAUAGGUGAUGGUCAAAACUGGCCUUAUGUCAACUCCCAUAUUACUGCGUUGUAUGUUGUGUCUUGGAUAUUGGGUGCUAAACAAUAUCAUGAUUUGGAUAUCGAUUAUAUUGGGAUUUGGAAUGAAAGGACAUUUGACAGUCAGUAUAUAAAGGUCUUAAAAAAAAUGCUUUAUCAAAAUGGCCUGGACAGAGUGAAGAUCAUAGCUAGCGAUUACCUCUGGCAGCCUAUUUCAGUUGCUAUGUUACAUGAUUAUGAACUCAUGGACGCCAUCGAUGUUAUCGGGGCUCAUUAUCCUGGAACCUAUACUACACCUGAAGCCUUGAAGACCAACAAAACUCUCUGGGCUUCAGAAGAUUAUAGCACUUUCAAUAAUGAAGUGGGUGGAGGCUGCUGGGCCCGAAUCUUGAAUCAGAAUUAUGUGAACGGCAACAUGACUGCCACAAUCGCUUGGAACUUGGUGGCUAGUUACUACCAGCAACUGCCUUUUGGGAGAGAUGGAUUGAUGACUGCUCAGGAGCCCUGGAGUGGGCAUUAUGUUGUAGAGAGUCCUAUCUGGAUUUCAGCUCAUACCACUCAGUUUGCUCAGCCAGGGUGGCGAUACCUGAAAACAGUUGGCCAUUUACUUAAAGGUGGAAGCUAUGUAGCUCUUACCGAUGGCUUAGGGAACCUCACCAUCAUCAUUGAAACCAUGACUCACCAGCAUUCGAAAUGCAUAAGGCCACCUCUUCGAUUCUUUACAGUGUCUGAACAAACUGCAAGUUUCUCUCUUAAGGGAUCCUUUAAUGAAUUAAGAAUGCUACAGGUAUGGUAUUCCAACCUCGGGAACAAAACUGGCAAUAACUCUGUCUUAUUCAAACAACUACCUCCUCUAAAGGUUAUUAACAGCACAGUCACCUUAGAAUUGGGUGUGGAUGAAGUGUACACUUUAUCAACCAUCACUACAGGUCAGAAGGGAAGUUAUCCUGUUCCACCAGCAUCGAAACCAUUCCCAUCUAGCUAUAAAGAUGAUUUCAAUGCUCGUAAUCCACCUUUCAGUGAAGCUCCAAAUUUUGCUGAUCAGACAGGAGUAUUUGAGUACUUCACCAAUGCUGAAGACUUGGGGAACCACACCUUCACCUUACGCCAAGUGCUUACUCAGCGACCUAUUACUUGGGCCUCUGAUGCAGAUCAGACCAUCAGUGUUAUAGGAGAUUAUAACUGGAAGAAUCUUGUAAUAUCUUGUGAUGUCUACAUAGAGACUUAUGCCGGUGGUGUAUUCAUUGCUGGAAGAGUAAAUAAGGGCGGGGGAGUCAUUAGAAGUGCCAGAGGAAUUUUCUUCUGGGUUUUUGCAGAUGGGACCUACCAAGUUACAAAUGAUCUUGUUAGAAUGGUGAAAGUGAAGAAAGGACGUGCUAAUGUCAGGCCUAAAAAAUGGUACACCCUCACUCUGAGUAUUAAAGACUUUGCUGUUGAUGUCCGACUAGAUAAUACGCAUCUCUGGAAAGGCGUGGUGACCUUAAGUCCCACAAAAGGUUGGGCAGCAAUUGGAACAAGUGGCUUUGAGUUUGCACAGUUUGACAACUUUUAUAUAGAGGCUACAAAUUAGAAUUCUUUAAUCUCCUGGAUGACUCCUCUCUCCACACUUCUUUUGAGUUUGGAAUCAGAGUCAAUUCCUUGGGGCUUUUCGAGACUGAAAACAUUGAAGGAAUUUGUUUUUCAUACUUUAUACUAGUGUUUAUUUAUUUAAUUUUUCUUGUAGUUAUUCUAAUUUUUAUUAUCACUCCAUAGAGUAUCUAUUGCUUCUUUUUCUUAACAAUUUUGCCAUUGAAAUCUCACAAUGAUUGUAGUCUGAUAUUGAGGGAACUGGAUUCUUUAAUCUGCUUUGUAAUCAGUUAUGUGGUAUAUAGAAUGAAAGAUUUCUCCAAGUUAUUUAACACAAAUAAACAUAACUUUAAAGACAUUG